AUCAGCUGAUAUUUUACAUAUAGCCAGUUGUUCACACUGUUCUACCACAGUGUAUUCCAUGGAUUACAAGAGGAUGUAGUUGAUUUAGCCAGGGGCCCGAAAGGAAAGUAUGGAAACAUGCAAUAGAACGGUUGAAGACUAGUCUCCAGCAUUCCAUAACUGUGAUGGAAAUCUGGUCACCUGAAACUCAUUAGUUGACGACAUGGGUGAUUUAAAAGAGAAACCAAAGAUUAAGGGACUGAAGAAACUGCUUCCAUACAGGAACUAUACCACAGAACAAGAGACUUGCCCAGUCGAUGACCAGGGGUUCAUUUCAUAUAUAAGCAGUAGCUUUCUCAAUGGCCUGGUGUUUAAAUCUUACAGACGACCAGAAGAUGUUAAAAUAUCAUGGAAAUGCCCAAAACUGGAAACUGCAAAUUAUAAUCUUAAAAGAUUUCAUAGUCUUUGGCACAAUGAAGUGAAGCGGAAGGGAGAUGAUGCAUCCUUGGUGAAUGUAUUUUUCAAUAUGGUUCGAGUUCAGUUCAUAUUGGCUUUAUUUGCUUCAAUAAUAUACCAAGCUGCAUGUUUCAUAGGACCGGCGUAUGUUGUUCGAAGAAUAUUGGAGCAUAAGGCGGAGGCAGGGACAUCAGAUUGGCGGACAGGACUGUACCUGAGUUUGGGUUUUAUCACAGUCGAAAUACUGAAAGUGUUUGGUUUGAUGACGCUUAAGGUAGCUGACAUACGAGCAGGAACUAGACUCCGGGCGGUUGUGCAGGCAAUAUUGUAUGAAAAAAUACUAAGGACGCAGAGUAUUGGAAAUGAAAAUUCAGGAAAGAUCAUAAGCUUAUUUGCAAACGAUGCUGCAAGAUUGGCAUACCUAAUAUUUUUCGUCGCCUCACUAAUUGCCGGAUGUGUUGCAUUUGUUGUUUUGGCUGUCUACAGUGUCAUUUACUUGGGUCCUUGGUCCCUGCUGGGCAUUAUUGUAUUUUUAUCAAACGUACCAAUUCAGAUAGGGCUAGGUAAGGUUAUGGCGACAUUCAGAAUGAGAGCAAUUACUGUUACAGAUAGUCGGGUUCGUUUGAUAUCAGAGCUAUUGAAGAGUAUCCGGCUGGUUAAAAUGUUUGCCUGGGAAACAUCCUUCAUCCAAAAACUAAAUGAUCUCAGAACUAGAGAAAUCCAUUGGAUAGCUUUAUCGAUGGUAUUCUAUUUGUUUGGGUUGGCCCUCGGUCCACUUUUACCGAUGUUUUCAACUGGUGUCAUAUUCCUUGUGAAAAUUUGGACCAAUUUUCCCCUGUCUGCGCCCGAAGCAUUCUCUAUUCUUUCGGCGAUCGUAUCAAUGAGAGGAGCAAUGGCAGAGCUACCCUACUCUAUGAAGAUAUUAGCCGAGUUAACCGUUUCAUUAAAACGUUUUAAGGCUCUUAUGGCAUUGCCAGACACAAAACAAAACAAAAGACAACCAAACAAUCCAGAAUGUGACAUUGAGAUCAACAAUGCAACAUUCCAAUGGCCAAGCAUGUGUGAUGCAACAGAUGAAGAACUGCCAGAAAUUAUAAGUAUGAAGAAACAAAAUGGCGAUAAAAAUUGUCAUGAUGACGAAAGAACCAAAAUUAAACAUGAUGUGAAAGAUCAACCGGUAUCGAGUGCCGCUAUACUAUCAGAUAUAAACCUCGCAAUUAACAAGGGUAGUUUGACAGGAAUAUGUGGUCCGAUUGGCUCCGGGAAGAGUACUCUGCUUUACUCCAUUAUGUAUAGGACAGAAGUGGUGUCUGGGGAGCUUUUUUGUAAUGAGAGCGUCACGUAUGUUCCUCAACAACCAUGGAUCAUGAAUACAACGAUGAGGGAAAAUGUGACAUUUGGUUCACCAUAUAACAAACUAUGGUAUGACCAGGUCAUCGAUGCAUGCGCUCUCCUCCAAGACAUUGAGGCUAUGCCGAAUGGGGAUAGAACAGAGAUAGGUGAAAGAGGUGUGACUUUGAGUGGUGGUCAGAAGGUGCGACUGUGCCUUGCAAGAGCAGUGUACAGCAACAAAGACAUAUAUCUGUUGGAUGACUGCCUCUCUGCCGUCGACGUCCGUGUUGGUCAGCAUAUAUUUAGGGAGUGUAUACAGAAUAUCCUCGGUAAUAAAACCGUGGUGUUUGUAACACAUCAGCUUCAGUAUUUAAAAGAUACCGGGCAUAUUCUUGUGAUGGAUCACGGACGGAUUAUUGAGCAGGGAUCCCAUUCUCAGUUGAUAGAGUCGGAUAGUACUUACUCAAGUCUAUUUCGAAUGUACUGCAACGAAACGACAAGUGAGAAAGAUAAUAACAGUCACAAAGAUGAAAAUACAGAGGAACAAGAGAAGGAAACAAAUCGAGAAGAAAAUCAUUAUGACACGAGUGAUAAAUCGGAUAAUCUAAUGGUUGAUGAAGAGAGGGGGAUUGGCAGAGUUUCCUGGAGUGCUUACCGAUUGUACAUAAACAAGGCUGGUGGAAUAUGCUUAGCUAUCAUCCUGAUAAUGAUAUUUCUUCUCCAUUCCUGCAACCUUGUGUUUACGAGUUGGUGGCUUUCCUAUUGGAUAAAUCAAGGCGAUGGGCAGAACCCGAUUCAACAUGCCAAUAUUACAUUUGAAUACGCUGGGUCUGUGGCAAAUACAACGUUCACUCUCUCGCGAAAGGAAGGCAAUAUUUUGGAAAAUCCAAAAUUAAAUUUUUACAUGGGUACUUAUGGUGUGGCAGUUUUAGCAACUUUACUGAUUGCUAUUAUCAAGACAAUAAUAUUUAUUAAGGUCAGCUGUAGAGCAGCCACAAACUUACAUUCUUCGAUGUUGACCAAAGUUAUGUUCAGUCCAAUGUCGUUCUUUGAUACAAAUCCUACAGGACGUAUCCUAAAUCGCUUUUCUACAGACGUAGAUGAAGUUGACAAUCAAAUACCGAAAUUGAAGUUCGACAUACUUGACACGUUAUUCCAUGGAUUUGUUUAUCUUGUAAUGAUUUGUGUUGUGAUACCAUGGGCACUUAUUGGAAUAGUACCAACGAUAACGAUCCUAUGGGUCAUAACUAUGAUGGGUGGAAGCGCUGUGAGGGAAUUAAAGAGAUGUGAGAACUUAAGACGGUCUCCACUCUUUGCACAUUUGAGUAACACUAUACAAGGGCUUCAGGAAGUACAAACGUAUGGAAAAGAGGAGAUGUUCAAAUCAAAGUUUUCAAAGAUGUUGGACGAUCACACAUUGAGUGUACUGUUAGUAAGACUUGGAGCAGUAUGGGUGACUUGUAGAGGGCGUGUCCUCCUGUCAUCUUUAAGUAUAAUCACUGCUUUACUUGUCAUCUUUACACCAAUGCCUGUUACAUUUGGAGGGCUUGUAUUUGCAAUGAUAUUUUCACUGAAUACUGGCUUUGUCUACGCCGUCACCUCAGUAGUGGACUUGGAAGCAUUCUACAUUGCAAUAGAACGCUUUGAAUAUUACAUAUGUCACUUGGUUUCUGAACAGCAUAUCAUUAGGAAGGACACGCAGGUCCAACCAGAGAAAAACUGGCCAAGUUGCGGCAAAAUCAAGUUUGACUCCGUAUCACUGAAAUACAGACCAGGGCUUCCAGAUGUUUUGAAAAAAAUUAGCUUUGAUAUUCUAUCUCAGGAAAAAAUAGGAAUAGUUGGCCGAACCGGUGCAGAUUCAACUUGGAUCCAUUUGACGAACAUUCGGACGAAGAACUCUGGUCUGCCCUUGGCCAAUGUCAUAUUAAACCAUUGAUAUUAUCAUUACAUGGACAACU